UAAGAGUAGAGAAAGACACAUGUAGGCUAUCUGACGCCUUGGCUUGAGUUGUGCAGUGAAAGUGCCAUUACAGUCUUCAAAGGGCAAAACAACUUUGGUGACGUCACCGGGCGCAAGGUGUUUUAAUUGUUCAUUGUAAAAUAUGCGCCGCAUUACCACAUGAAUAGAUGAUGAGCUGUCAUGGCAUGUCAAUUUCCUUUAAUGUCCUCUGCUACUUGUUAAAUAUGCAGAGGGCCAUGGGGAGGGGGGUAUAUAAGCUCUCCUGGACCCCUCGACCUGUCAUUCUGACUCCAGUCCAUCAUGAUUGCGCACGGAGCUUUGCGCCUGGCCUGCUACCAACUUCUGCUGAUCGGAGUAUUUGGAAAACAUGGCGCAAGGAAUAUGUCACUUCACUCAUCCAGAGCGGACCGAAGCCAUCGGUAUCAUUUACCCACAUAUAUGAUGCACCUCUACAGGCAUUUCAGGCUCAACCAGACGCGGCCCGUGGAGAGCAUGGAGCACGAGCACGCGGACACCAUCAAGAGCAUCCUAUCCAAGAGUGUGACCAAUCAAGACAGGCACUACAUCACACACUUCGACCUUUCCCCUGUGCUUUCCGAGCGGCAGAUCCAGUCCGCGGAGCUGCGGAUCCGAAUUCCCAGAGAAACGCAUCAGACGAACGUCACAGUGGAGAUCCGACACCAGCACGACGUGCCGUGCAACCAGCGCCAGUUCUGUCUGGAAGACCAGUCCCUGGGCCAGCUCUCAGGAUCCUCUCUGAUGGGCGUUUCCAACAACUGGAGGGUCUAUAACGUCACACACCUGCUUCUAGACUGGAAGCUUUCCGGGAAACGGCGCGUGAAGGCGAAAAGAGCCGUGAGGGUUCUUCAAAACGGGCCUAAGCAUCUCGACGGCAUCCGUCACAGGGCAAUGCUGCUGAUAUUCUCACAGACCAGCUCUGAACUGGGGGAACCGGAUAAAGCCAGUCUCCUCCACACGGCUGAGAAGUCCAAGUUCUUGUUCAACAGCGAAGGAAAGGAGAUCCGGAGAGAGAAGCUCCACAAGAGCAGGAGGGGUCGCCGAGGUCAGCCCAUGAGGAACCCGGAGCUGGUCAAGAGUUCGGCGGACAGGAGCUCCAUGUGCAGGAGAGUCGACAUGCAUGUGGACUUCAACCAGAUCGGAUGGGGAUCGUGGAUCGUGUUCCCUAAGAAGUACAACGCCUUCCGGUGCGAGGGAAGCUGCCCGAACCCUCUGGGAGAAGAGCUGCAUCCCACCAACCACGCGUACAUGCAGAGUUUGCUGAAGUAUUAUCAUCCCAGCAGAGCUCCGGCUGCGUGCUGCGCGCCCACCAAGAUGAGUCCGCUCAGCAUGCUCUACUACGAGAACGGGGAACUCAUCCUGAGACACCACGAGGACAUGCUGGUGGAGGAGUGUGGAUGCCUGUGACCCACCCACGUCUUCAUCAGAUCUUCAUCAGAGAGACCAUCUUCUUCAAGAGAGAC